AUGGUUAUGAUGAUACCAAAAGUAUUACCUAUUCCUUUUCCGCAACAAUCAUCGACGAGUGACUCCCCUUUUCUUCCGACAGAUGACAAACCUGACAAUGAUAAUGUUGUAGCCGAACCUGGACGAAAGAAUAAUAUAUUAUAUUGGGUAUUUGGUAUCAUUGGUAUCGCUGUAUUCGUGGAAAUUAUAUAUUGGAUAUUUAGAUUUAAUCGUAGGAGAGACUUAUUUGAUAUUCCAUCAUAUGCUGGUUCUAUUGAUGAAGAAUUACCUCCUUACGAAGGUUUUAGUUUACCUAAAUAUCAUCACAUUAUCAAUGAAAAUAUUUCUUCUAAUGGAGGUGACCAAGGAUCAAUUGCUUCUCCUCAAGAAACCAUUCAAAUGGUUGGGGUUACAUUAAUGUUCGGUUAUCUGGUCCCGCAUGUCGAUCAUUUCCAACUUGCUAUGCAAGCUGUGGUUACCAAACUUUCCAUUUUCAGAGAUUCUCCUUGA